AUGGCAGCUACUAGUACGACAACCCGCAAAGCAUUGCGCCCGACAAGUCGCGAUGACUUCGAAAUUGCAAUCGUUUGUGCUAAAGACCUCGAAUACGAUGCUGUCUGUCUCUUAGUAGACGGUUUCUGGAAUGAGGAUGGUGAUUCCUUCGGUCGAGCUAUAGGAGAUCCCAAUACAUAUACGACAGUGGCUGCCGCAAGCACAGCAGCUAGCCUUCGAUCGAGCUAUCCUUGCAUUAAGCUUCUAUUGUUAAUUGGAACUUGCGACGGUGUCCCAAAUGCUAUGGGCAAAGAAUUACUGCUUGGAGAUGUGGUUAUUAGCGACACUGUUGUCCAAUAUGACCUAGGCCGCCGUUAUCCGAAUGGUUUCCGUGAACGGGAUACCCUUGAGGAUCGCCUUGGCCGGCCGGAUAAGAAUGUUCGGAAUCUAGUCGCUAUGUUCAAAACAGAAAUGGGGUUGCAGCGCCUAGAGAAGAAAGUAUCAUCCUAUCUAAGAAAGAUUCAGGAUAUGGAAACUAAGGAACAGCGCCGGAAGAGACGCAGGGCCACUUACCAAUAUCCGGGUUCCACAAACGACAUUCUUUUUAGAUCGACUUAUUAUCACAAACACUACCGCUCGCCACAAUGCAUAUGUGACGAUCAUAAUGAGGCCGGAGAUCCUGUAUGUGAUCAUCUGCUCCCUCGAUUGCGCCUAGAGUACAAGAAGAAAUUAGAAGAUGACGGCGAUGAGAAGGCCGCCCAACAGCCGUCUAUUUUUGUCGGAAGAUUUGGAUCUGGAGACACAGACUUCAAUUCGGCGAUCGAUCGCGACCACAUUGCGCAGAAGCAUAAUAUUAUAGCUUUUGAGACAGAAGGUGCCGGAGUCUGGGACGAACUCUCCUGUAUUAUUAUUAAAGGUGUGUCUACAUACGGAGAUGGUCAUAUUAUGAGCGACCUGGAGGCGUGGGAGAAUUUUGCCGCCGCAACAGCUGCAUCCGCUGCAAGAGGCCUAAUCGACUUUUACCCUCAAACGGAUAGGUACCCAUCCGUGGAGUCCAAGAAUCAGACGGACAUAGCCUUUAAGAGUCAGGCAGAUAUAAUUUGUCUCAGGGACUUGUAUAUUACAAGCCCUCCGAAUGAUAGGAUCCGUAUCGAACAGACCAAGGGCGGUUUACUGAUGGAUGCCUUUGUCUGGAUACUGCGGAAUGAGGCAUACAAACAGUGGUGUGAGGAUCCUCAAACGUGUUUAUUAUGGAUAAGAGGCGAUCCUGGCAAAGGCAAGACUAUGCUGCUAUGCGGGAUUAUCGAUCACUUACAAGAUUUGACGCCUUCCACCAAUUUGUACUACUUUUUCUAUCAGGCAACGGAUUCUCGUCUUAAUAAUGCCAUCAGCCAUACGCGGACUAUUACACAUGCUUAUUUCUAA